AAUUGUUUGUGCUCUUGAGGUGAAUUCUGGUGGGAUUUUGGGGGUUUUAAAUGGGUGUCAAAAUGUGGUUUGUGGGUUUGUAUUUUUCUAUGUGCAUAAGUCAACAAAACAUGCCAUGUGCUCUUAAAAGUAUACUCUUAAAGCUUAGACUUUGACCAAGACAUGGAUAUUAGGAACUAUUUAUCUAAUUCUCGUAAGAGAUCACAUAAAGAAGUUGCAAGUGACAGUGACAGUGACAGUGACAGUACUAGUGAUAAUGAAAGUGUAAUGCCUGAUCCCCGGUGUACCCAGCCUGCUCAGCUAGUACAAUCGAAAUCUGAUAAGAAAAAGGCCUAUAAGUCUAAGUUAACAUACCGGCAACAAUGGAAACUAAAAUAUUCCUGGAUAGACUGCGCUAACGCAGAAAUGGGUAUGUUCUGUGUUAUUUGUAAAAAGUAUGGCAAACCACCUGGUAAUGCCCGUGGAGCAUGGACAACACGAGGAAUUACAGAUUGGAACCAUGCGACUGAAAUGCUUAAGCUGCACAAUGAUUCCAAAUGGCACAAAGAUGCAGCCAUAACAGCCCAGAUGGCACAACAGUCAGAUCUAAGUGUAUUAGAGCUCCAAAAUGCUGCGAGUGCCAGAGACACAAAGGAAAGAAAGAAGAAAAAUCAAGCAAUUAUAUUGAAACUUCUUUGUUCUAUUUACUUUUUGAUUAAACAUCGUAUCCCCCACACCACUACUUUUAAUGAUUUGUUAGCUCUUCAAGUUGCAAAUGGUGAUGAACAACUAGCACAUCACCUUGAACAAUCCCCUGGAAAUGCAAUGUAUACAUCUAAGUUUUCGCUGACAUCGCUAAUAGAGGCCAUUGCUACGUGGUUACGCCGAAAACUGUUGAAAAGUUUGAGAGAGAGCCCUUUUUUCUCUAUUUUAGCAGAUGAAUGUGAAGACAUCAGCACUCAAGAAGAGCUUUCGAUUUGCUGCCGAUGGAUUGUAGACGGUCAAGCAGAGGAGCACUUCAUAUCAGUCUUGCACGUUCUUGCUUGUGACGCUGAAACCAUCACUGAGGCAAUCGAGUCUUUCAUUGCUUCAAGUGAUCUUCAGUACCGAAAAUUGGUUGGACAGGGUUAUGAUGGAGCUGCUGUAUUUUCAGGAUGCAGAAGUGGAGUACAAGUAAGAAUGCGCACUCAUGCUGCUCAUGCUGUGCACGUUCACUGUGCAUGCCAUAGGCUACAGCUUGCAAGCAUACAAGCAGCUAAGACUGUUCCAGAAAUACAAAAAGUCUUUGGCAUGAUGGGUAACAUAUGGAAGUUGUUCUAUUAUUCCCCAAAGAAAAUGCAAGCACUGAAAGAAGUACAAGCUGUUCUUGGAUUGCCGGAAUUGAAGGUGGUGAAACCAAGUGAUACCCGUUGGCUUUCACACGAGCGAUGUAUGCGAGCAAUUCGCAAAGAGCUGCCUGCUCUUAUAACUACACUGCAACAGCUGUAUGAGACAACAGGUGAUGCGGAAGCUUUUGGCUUAAGUACACUUCUCUCUUGUUUUACUGGAGUAGCCAGUAUCUGCUUUCUUUCCUACGUCCUUGACACUCUGGCAAAAAUGAUGUUGCCAUGCAAAGGAAGGUGACUGACUUUAGCAAGUUAAAAAUCAUGUUGCAAUUCACACGUGACGAGCUAAAGUCAUUAAAGAGUGACACAGCUGAUUGGUGUUGCAUAACUACAUCUAUGUUAGCUUCGCUGGAGACAGAGUAUGGAAUCGACAUUGGAAGACACAGAACUGCAUCUCCUCGAUCAAAAUUUGCAAAGAUUAGCAGCAUUGAAGAAUACCUGUCACUCAUUGGAAUUCCUUACAUUGACACUCUGCUAGGAAAUAUUGAGAGUCGGUUCUCAGAUGGUGUGGUUAAAUUGCUGGUUGCUACAUCUAUUUUCAAUCCUUCUCAACUACCAGCAGAAGGAUUUUUAUCUUCCUAUGGUCUGCAAGAAAUUAAGGAACUAGCUGACUUCUAUGGCAAUGCCGCUUCUGUAGAACAUUGUGGUGAAACAUAUACAUCACCACCCCUACUCGAUCGAGAAGAACUGGUUUCUGAAUGGAAAUUUUUUAGGCGAGCUCUAUGCAAAGAGAAAGAACUAUUUGUACGUACUAAUCAGACAACUCCUAGUAUACAAGAGUUGUUGACAUCAAUGCAAGCAUGUGACGCAUACAAGGGUAUCUUCCCAGAAACCUUCAAGCUAUUGUUAUCAUUUUGUCAAUACCAGUUGGCACAGCAACAGUGGAGAGAUCUUUUAGUCAGAUGAAAAUGAUCAAGACGCGGUUGAGGAACCGGUUGUCUGAUAUGAAUUUGUGUCGAUUAAUGUUGAUAGCUGUGGAGGGGCCAGAACAGAGCAGUGUGCCAUUUGAAGAGAUACUAGAUGUUUUUAAAGAAAAAAACAGACGUAUUGAACUUUAGUUAUUUCUGUCCAUUUUGCAUAUAAUUAUACAUUUUCUCUGGUUAACUGGAUGAAAAAAAGGGGGGGAGAAAUUUGAGCUAGGGGGGGGGGAUAUCCCCCCUUUCCCCCCUGUAUGACACCCUGACUAUUAAUGAGGUAUCGGUCAAUUCAAGAUGAACUUUGCACUCAAAGCAUUUCUUCAUCCUCUUGGAGCAUUCUACAAAACAAAUACAUGUAAUAGUGUUCCACGAAUAUUAUGUUCUGUAAUUUACAGCGGGUAUAUUAUAUUUUUAUUAGCUGUAUUGUACCUCUGCAGAAAGAAUGGCCACACGGUUUAAUUGCAAAAACACGUCCUGGUUUUGAGUCAUCACACAUGAGGCACUGUAUCGCAAAACUUUUCACAGGUUUCUGGAUAUAAAAAAAUGUAUAAUAAUAAAUUAUAGAAUGAAUACAUCAUAAUUCAGCUGACCUUGCAACCUUUGCACACAUUCCACAAAGAACGGAAUGAUUACAUGGCUUGAAAGUAAUAACACCACAUACGAAACAUUGCACUUGGGCAGACUUAGAGGCUAUAUAUAUAAAAAAGACAAAAUAAUAGUGACAGUCAUACGGUAAGUGUAUAUGUACAUGUACACAUGAAAAUAAAAUGACAGAACAAGUACACAUGUACAAAAUUGGCUUACGUUUAGUGAUUCCCUUUGGUGCUUGUUUUUUCCCCUGGUCAGAUGUUUCAUCACACUUCAAGCCUACACUAGCAUGACUCGAGAUAACUCGGUUAGCAAUUGUGUACAAUGGCACAGUUUUUAGCUUUGGUGUAGGUAGAUCAGCUACGUUACGCAGUGCUUUGGGAGGUUGUGGAACACAAAAGGUUGGAGAGGCCAGGAGACGUAAAUCAGAUGAAGACAUCAUGUUAUCAUGUAGAAACAGCAUACCGUUUGAAAGGUGUGAACGUCACAUUAGGAACAACAUUGUCUCUAGGUUUCCUAGCCCCAGGGAAACGAAUUGCUGCUCGGUCUAGUGGGUAUAUGCCUGUAAUCGCAAAUCCUGUGGCAAUAUUAGAGGCAGUCAUAGACUCUAUCCAUGCUUUCGAAAAUAGUCGAACAAAGUUGUAUGUAUUGAUUACUUGACCUGGAUGAGAUACUAAGUAAUCGUGGCACACUAGUUUCCAAUUAAAGGCCCAAAUACACCUUUUGUCUAAUGGUUGACUCAAAUGCGUUGUGUUUGGGGGUAGUGUGAAUAGGAUCACUUCAUUCUCGGUAGCCAGUUUGAUGGUAUCUGUACAGUAGUGUGAACUGUGGCCAUCUAAUAACAGCAAGAGUGGUCGGCUUGCAGGAGCGUAUUGAAGAAAUAUCUUUCGGAACCAUGAAUUGAAUUAAAACACUGUUCAUCCAGCCUUUGUCCGAUAAACCAUACUCAGUUCCUGGUAGUUCUCCGAUGGUCAAAUCAGGAGACAGAGUUUUUCGUCUCCAUGUUAUGUAUGGAGGUAGGCUCUGACCUGCAGCACUGACACAAGCAGCAAUUGAUACUUGAGAUUUGGAGCCACUCGACACACAAUAUGGGUUCUUUGAUCCACAACAAUUAACAGUUUUGAUAGGUUUCGGAUUCAAAGGAAAACCCGACUCAUCCAUAUUAUAGAUAAGACCAUGCAGGAUAAUCACAAAGGCCAGUUUCUUUCAACGUAUGCUCCAAAAUAUCAAAGUAAUUGUCCAUUGCAGCUGUUGAUGAGGCACUUGCUCGAGCAAGGGAUAGGGUAGAUGGUGUUCGUAACGAAAGAACCUCAUAAUGCCGAGCAAUGAACCUGGUCCACCACCCCUUGUCACUGUUUUCUCGCGAUCGACUUCUUUUUGUGUGAGCAUGCGGGACACAAUGUCAAAUACUUCAUGUCUCGUUUUUGCGUAGCCAAUGUCUGCACACUGGCACAGGAAUUCCUCUUCUUCACGAGUAAACAGUAACGUAGGUGCACCAGCCUUGGCACCUGGGAGCACAUCUCCGUGGAUGUGGUCAUUUAACGUGCUACGUGGUAUGCCAUAAACGAUAGAUGCUGACAUGCCCUGCAGAU